CGAAAGAACGUGAAGGUAUGUAGAUGAGACUAUGUGAGGGGGAAGGAACAGUCGGAGACUGCUGGAGGGGUAGAGAGAACGAACAAGGAGGGGGAGGGAAGGAGGGGAGAGCGGUUGAGUCGCGAGACUGCAGUGUCCACAAUGGUGAACAUGCCGCCCAUAAAGGCGCUGUCCAGUGCUCGGAGCAGCAUUCGCUCUAUUCGACCAGACAUUGGCAAGCAGCCGAGCUAUAAGCCAGGGGCGCGAAGGAACUCGAAUUCAUCUCAGUCGUCCGCUAGAUUCCGUGGGACGCGUGUGAGCCGUCAGUCUCAUCUGCGCAGAAAGGCGAAGCCAGAGCCCUUUGAGCAAGAAGCCAUCCAGGUUUUCGACGACGCUGGCAAGGAUGUCACCCCCAAGCCGAUGUCCUCAACAGUGCACCCGACCGUCCUGCACGAGAAGCUCUUCUCUCCUCCUUCCCCUGGCGGCCAAUCUUCCGAGGGCAGCGAGGCGUCUAUGGAGAGGAUUUCCGUGUUUGGCAGGAGCAUGUACUCCAUGGGAAGCAGCAGAGGAUCUUUAACCCCAGAUCAGACGGCGGAGGACGAUUCCGCAAGCCAGGGAGAGGAUAUGGAGGGAGGAAGGAGGUCGAGCCUUUCCUCGUCGAUGUGGAGUAGGAAACUAGCAGCAUCCUCCGACAUCGGAUCAGUCCAAGGUAUGGACACGAUCGCCGUGGGAGGGGGCGCGGGCGCAGCCAUGGCAUCGUCCGCUGCGGUCGCGGCGCCAGCGGACACCACCGCUUGGGAGGAGCUGCCUAUCUUCUCCAUGUCCCACAUCCCUUCUCCCCGAUCUGAGCGAGAUCUGCAAAGGAGCAUCAGCCUCACCCUGAGGGAGACAGAUACCUUCUUCCUGCUCGACAUCGUCGGGAUCUGCUACUCCACAGAGGACCAAGAUACGGCGGAAGUGACCGCCAGGAACCAGCAAUACCUGCAGAGGAAGGAGAACAGGAGCGCGGAGACGCUCACGGAAGAGGGAGUGCAAACAGUCGAUCUCAUCCGGAAAACCAAAGAGGUGCAGCUGCCAACGGUGACAUAUGCAUCCAUUGGGAGCCAGUCGACGCGGUGGGAUAUCACGGACAGCAUCCACUUGAUGCACGAGCAAGAGGAGGCAGAGGAACGAAGGGGCCUCGUAGAGCAAGCACGGGGCGGAGAUGGAGGGCAGCAAUCCAGCAGCAAGAGAGUGUCGGUGAUGGGCCGAGGAGAAGGAGGCGGCGAAAUCGGAGGGGUGCAACAAGGUCCAGGGAGAGGAGGAGGAUUCGGCGGUGGAGGAGCGGAAUCCGGCGGGACGGAGAAUCAGCCCGGUACAGCCAAGGGUACAGAACCGCCUUCUCGGGUAAUCUCAAGAAGGGGUAGUUUUAGCGUGGAGGGAUCUUUCACCGGCUUGCCUCCUCCGUCGUCCGAUGGCACCAUGCCUGACGACCGUCUGUCUCUAAUCAAUGACGGGGGCAUAGACAGCCUUCUGAACGCCGCAGAAGGCGCAGAGGGCGCCGCCGCCGCCACCGCCAGCACUGUCUCUGUGACCCAACUCCGCGGCUUGCCCGGCGCUCUCGAGAUGCUCGAGCACGCCCUCAUGCAGAACAUCUACCACGAGAAGCUCUUAAUAUACCGCGAUUUCCGACUGGGUACAUUCGACGCGGAGGAUGCCGCCGAUCUUCACACUCCCCGCUCCUCCCCCCCUUACCCUUCCUUGGGCUCCGCGCACAGCAAACAACGACCCGAUUCCGCCAAUCCUCCGCAGUCUUCACCCGCCUCCCCGCAAUCAGACCAGACGUCGCCGCGAGCCGCAGCAGCAGGCGGCGACGCCACUACUCGUUCCUCUCACUCAACUACAACGGCGGCGGCGGCGGCGACGGCGGCGGCUGAGAGGGGGGAGGGAACGAAUCCCGCUGCAACUCGGCAGUCUUCCAUGGUGGUGGCACCAUCGACCACAAGCGGCUCUGUUGCUGGCCCAUCAGCAGCUCCUGCCACCAAAACAGGGUCAGCAGGGGGGCGCGUCUCUUCUUUGUCCUCCUCCUCCUCCCCCUCCCUCACGUUGCUCUGGGAUUUCCGCUGCGACGUCACGGAGGGAAGGAAUGUUAGCUCCAUCACUUGGAAUAGAAUGCAUAAAGAUAUUCUGGCAGUCGGCUAUGGCGAGUUCGACUAUGCCGCCCAGAAGGAUGGGCUGAUCGCCUUCUGGUCGCUGAAAAACCCGCGGUACCCACACUGGGUCAUCCCCUGUUCCAGCGGAGUAACGGCGGUAGAUUUCUCCGCAGCCAACCCUAAUCUACUCGCCGUGGGGUUUUACGACGGCAAAGUGGCAGUGUACGACGUCCGCAGCAGCAGACGGAAGGGCAGGCAGAUCGCCGGCGCUAUCGUCGAGACCGGGCAUGUCAGCGGCAAACACAGCGACCCCGUCUGGAAGGUUAAAUGGGUGGAUCGAGGGGCGGAGAGGGGGGAGGUCUUGGUCUCCGCUUCCACCGAUGGCAGAAUCACCGAGUGGAGUAUCAAGAAAGGCCUGGAGUUUACCGAUCUGAUGAAGUUAAAACGAGUGGUGAACAGAGCGAGAUCACGGGCGGGGGUACACUCGAAGACGGAGGCGUUCAUCUCGCGUCGAGCAAGUGGUAUGAGCAUCGACUUCUCUUCUAGAGACCCUAGCAUCUACGUCACUGGUACAGAGGAGGGAGUGCUGCACAAGUGCUCUUGUUCCUACAGUGAGCAGUACCUCAAGACCUACUUUGGUCACACGGGACCUGUUUACCAAGCCCAGUGGUCGCCUUUCGACCCUAGUGUCUUCCUCACUUGCAGCGACGACUGGACCAUUCGUAUCUGGAAGGAGGAGGAUUCAAAUGCCUUGCUGGUUCUGCAGUCCGGCAACGACUCCGUAGAAGAUGUCCACUGGUCGCCCAAUGAUUCCACCAUCUUCGGAGCCGUCACAGCCGACGGCCGAGUCGAGAUCUGGGAUCUGGCGGUGUCCACGCUAAAACCCUUUCUCACAGCCACUCUGGAGAAUGUGCGGCUGACCAGCAUCCUUUUCUCCGAGUCGUCGCCCAUCGUCGUCGUGGGGCGUUUUGAUGGAGGAGUGAGCGUUUUCAGGCUGGCAGGACAGAUCGGCCGGCCAGGACUGAGUCUGCAAAUGCAGCAGAAGCAGCUCGAAGAAGCCAUGACUGCCAAUAUCAUCAAAAUGUGACAGACAGGCAGGCGAGUUUUGUCACAAACAGCUUCACGAAAGGGACUUUUUUUUUUUUUUUUUUUCGAGAUCACGAAAGGGACUUCG